AUGCCUUUGGUUUUUGUUUUUUUUUGUUCUUUAUUUUUUUUUACAAGUCUUGCUAACUCACUUGUCGUUACUUCUUUUACGACCAGUUCGCUCCAAAUCUAUGACGGCCAAGAAGGUUUUGGAGAAGGGGUGCCUUGGCUUGAAUGGACAGAUGGCGAGCAGUGGGCAUUGCUCUAUGCUCAGAAUUUUACUUUAGUCAUUUGGGUCUGGUAUAUGAUCUGGAUGUCAAGCACUUUCAUGAGCCGUACACUUUCAUUGCGUGCCUUUAUGCCAUGGAAGAACCGUGUCUGGAUAGGGUCAUGUGCCGCAAGCAUGCUAUUGCAAAUUGUGUUCUGUAUUAUUUCAGUAUUCCGUGGCCCUAAUAGCGUUCAGAGUGUGCCUUGGUGGAUAUAUAUCAUUGCAUUCUUCUGGCCAGUGGUUUUCAUGCCUGUCCAAGAAAUCGUCAAGGCGCGUGAUAUGAAAGAAUGUGUGCGCGCCCAAAAGUUAGCUAAGCUCGAGUUCAAUACCAAACUCGGAAUGCAUUCUCCACUCUAA